UAGUGGGCUUAUUAUGAAAGGUCAUCGUCAUCGCAUUUGCAUCGUUGAUUAAUACAAAGUCCUUGUUAGCUAGCCAGGAGAAUCGCAAGGAAAGGUACACCGAGUUUGUUAGGUUUGAUCGAUCGUUAUCCAAAGCUCAAUAUUGAAAUCAACCCUUUGAUCUUUGAGAAGGAGGGAAAAAUAAGAGAUGUGGGCAGCUUCUUGUCUAGCAUCGUGCUGUGCUGCUUGUGCAUGCGAUGCUUGCCGUACUGUUGUUUCUAGUAUCAGCAGACGUUCCGCAAGGAUUGCUUACUGUGGCCUCUUUGCACUUUCUUUGAUCGUUUCAUGGAUUCUCCGUGAGGUCGCUGCUCCUCUCAUGGAGAAGCUCCCUUGGAUUAACCAUUUUCACAAGACGCCUGAUCGGGAAUGGUUUGAGACUGAUGCUGUGCUGCGUGUCAGCUUAGGGAACUUCGUGUUUUUCUCGAUUUUAUCGGUUAUGAUGAUUGGUGUGAAGACUCAGAAAGACCCUCGUGAUGGUAUACACCAUGGUGGCUGGAUGAUGAAAGUCAUCUGUUGGUUCAUUUUGGUUAUUUUAAUGUUCUUCGUUCCCAAUGAAGUCAUCAGCUUUUAUGAGUCGAUGUCAAAGUUUGGUGCUGGAUUUUUUCUUCUUGUUCAAGUUGUACUUCUUUUGGAUUUCGUUCAUGGUUGGAAUGACACAUGGGUUGGCUACGACGAGCAGUUCUGGUAUGCUGCGUUGCUCGUUGUUUCGCUUGUAUGUUACCUGGCAACAUUCGUCUUCUCUGGACUUCUCUUCCACUGGUUUACUCCAUCUGGACACGACUGUGGACUCAACACUUUCUUCAUUGUCAUGACUUUGAUAUUUGUCUUCGUCUUUGCUGUUGUGGUUUUGCAUCCCGCUGUCGGUGGAAGCAUUUUACCAGCAUCAGUUAUAUCUGUCUACUGUAUGUACCUCUGUUACAGUGGACUUGCGAGUGAACCCCGAGACUACGAAUGCAAUGGUCUCCACAAACAUUCCAAAGCUGUUUCAACAGGCACCAUGACCAUCGGGUUACUCACAACUGUUCUCUCUGUCGUUUAUUCCGCGGUUCGUGCUGGUUCUUCCACCACGCUUCUCUCCUCUCCUGAUUCUCCCCGUGCAGGAGAGAAGCCUCUGCUUCCACUAGACGGGAAAGCAGAAGACAAGGAAGAGAAAGAGCAGAAGAAGCCAGUGACAUACUCAUACGCAUUCUUCCACAUCAUCUUCUCCCUCGCGAGCAUGUACUCUGCAAUGCUCUUAACUGGUUGGUCAACCUCGGUGGGUGAAAGUGGUAAACUGGUUGAUGUCGGGUGGCCGUCUGUGUGGGUUCGUGUUGUGACCAGCUGGGCCACUGCUGGUCUCUUCAUCUGGUCGCUUGUUGCUCCGAUUCUCUUCCCUGACCGUGAGUUCUGAGCUUAAUAAAUCCAACCAAAGAUUCUGAAAAACUUUUCAUGAAUCUUGAAUUUGUAAAAAAAUGAUUUAUCAUCAUUCGACUAUAAAAUUGAGUCCCGUGUGUUGCUGUUAUCUCACGCUUGGCCUUUGUUGGUCCAUUUGUAAAAUAAAUAUAACUAUGAAUGAAUAUUUCAGUUUGACUUGAAA